AUGGCCAACGCUCUUGACCACUUGAACGCGGGCCGCACGCGAAUUGAGUGGCUCUCGCAGCUCAACACCGAAUAUACCCCCGCGAAGGAGUACCGCCGUACUUCCAUCAUUGGCACAAUCGGCCCCAAGACCAACUCUGCAGAGAAGAUCAAUUCUCUUCGCAAAGCCGGUCUCAAUGUCGUUCGCAUGAACUUCUCUCACGGCUCUUACGAGUACCACCAGUCCGUCAUUGACAAUGCCCGCAAGGCCGAGCAGACACAGCCUGGCAGGCCCCUCGCCAUUGCUCUCGAUACCAAAGGCCCUGAGAUCCGUACCGGAAACACAGUGAACGACGAAGACAUCCCGAUCAGCGCCGGCGACAUUAUCAACAUCACCACCGACGAGGCAUAUGCCACCAAGAGCGACAACAAGAACAUGUAUGUGGACUACAAGAACAUCACCAAGGUCAUCACGGCUGGCCGUACUAUCUACGUCGAUGACGGUGUUCUGUCAUUCGAGGUGAUUGAGGUUGUCGAUGAGCAGACCGUCAAGUGCAAGUGCGUGAACAAUGGCAAGAUUUCCUCCAGGAAGGGUGUCAAUCUUCCCAAGACCGACGUCGAUCUCCCUCCUCUGUCCGAGAAGGACAAAGCAGAUCUUCGAUUCGGUGUAAAGAACAAGGUCGACAUGAUUUUUGCCUCUUUCAUCCGUCAAGGAAGCGACAUCACCGCCAUCCGCGAGGUCCUCGGCGAGGAGGGCAAGGACAUCCAGAUCAUUGCCAAGAUCGAGAACCAGCAAGGUGUCAACAAUUUCGACGCCAUUCUUAAGGAGACUGACGGUGUCAUGGUUGCCCGUGGUGAUCUUGGUAUCGAGAUUCCCCCCAGCCAGGUCUUCAUCGCCCAGAAGAUGAUGAUCACCAAGUGCAACAUUGCCGGAAAGCCCGCAAUUUGCGCGACCCAGAUGUUGGAGUCCAUGACUUACAACCCCCGUCCUACCCGUGCCGAAGUCAGUGACGUCGGUAACGCUGUUCUUGACGGCGCAGACUGCGUCAUGUUGUCUGGAGAGACGGCGAAGGGUAACUACCCCGUCGAGGCUGUGACCCUCAUGCACGAGACCUGCUUGCUCGCCGAGGUCGCUAUUCCCUAUGUCAGCGCCUUCGAUGAGCUCAGGAGGUUGGCUCCCGUCCCAUGCCCUACCACUGAGACUUGCGCCAUGGCUGCCGUCAGCGCCAGUCUCGAGCAGAAUGCUGGUGCCAUUCUGGUGUUGACCACCAGUGGAACCACCGCUCGUCUCGUUUCCAAGUACCGUCCCGUUUGCCCCAUCAUCAUGGUCACCCGCAAUGCUAUGGCCGCCCGAUACUCCCAUCUAUACCGCGGUGUAUACCCAUUCUACUUCCCCGAGGAGAAGCCCGAUUUCAACACCGCUCCCUGGCAGGAGGACGUUGACCGUCGCUUGAAGUGGGGUAUCAUGAAUGCCAUCAAGCUCGGUGUUCUCAACAAGGGCGACCCCGUCAUCUGUGUCCAAGGCUGGAGAGGCGGUAUGGGCCACACGAACACUCUUCGCAUCGUUCCUGCAACUGAGGAUCUUGGCUUGGACCAGGAGGCUUGA